AUGUAUUCCCCCAAUGUCGGCGAUAGGGUCGAUACCCUCGACACGCCAUCCAUGAUCGCAGACCUCGAUCUCGUCGAGGCCAACAUCAAGAAACUGAUGGACAAGCUAUUACCAACUGGUCUCGAUAUCCGCCCCCAUCUUAAAACCACAAAGAGCGCGAUCCUAGCCGGCAAGAUGGUCAAAGCGGGCGCGAAGGGAGGCUGCGUGGCCAAAGUGAGCGAGGCUGAAGUUAUUGCCGCAGCCGGAUUCGACGACUUGUUUAUUACCUGCGAGAUUAUCGGCUCCGCAAAAGUACAACGGCUAGUGGAACUAUACCGUAAACAUCGCAAAAUCAGGAUAGUUGUUGAUAGCGAAACUGGCGCAACAGCUAUUGAUGAGGCUUUGGCGAAAGCCGGUAUCGAUGAACCAAUCUCGGUUUUGAUUGACCUCGAUGUUGGGCUCCAUCGCACUGGUGUUCUACCUGGUGACCCAGCCAUGACCCUAGCAAAACAUGUACACGGUCUGAAGCAUUUGAAACUGAUCGGGCUCCAUGGCUACGAGGGUCAUUUGCAACAUUUGCAUGAUAAGGAAGAUCGAAAAAGUCAAUGUCUGCAGUCCAUGGAGACCCUCACGAACACUGCGGACGUGCUGCGGGAGGCUGGCUUCAAUAUUGACGUAGUCACUACGGGUGGGACUGGAACGGCCGAGUUUUGUGCCACCGUACCGGGUGUAACUGAGCUCCAGCCUGGGUCGUUCAUUUUUAUGGAUACGGAUUACCGAAAUGCCGUGGGCACCUUUUAUUCAAACAGUCUUACCAUUCUGUCAACUGUUUUGAGCAAACAAGGUCCUCGGUCGGUCACAAUCGACAGCGGAUUGAAGUCAUUGACGACCGAUAGUGGCUUGGCAGAGUGUAAGGACUCCCGGUACACUUAUGGUGUUCUUGGUGAUGAGCAUGGGUCACUCAGUUGGGAGGAGGGUACCCCGGCACUUUCAGUUGGGGAUCGCGUGGAGAUGGUACCGAGUCACAUUGACCCUACAGUCAACUUGCAUGAUUUCUAUUACGCCCAUCGGGGUGGCGUCAUUGAAGAAAUCUGGCCGGUCGACUCCAGAGGCAAGGUGCAAUAG